GACACGAGCUCGAGCUGAGCGGCCCUUCGUCCUCCUUUUUAAGCCGGUGAACCCCCUUUCUUUUUCCUAUUGGCAAAAAAGCCCCAACAUAUAUAAUUUGCCAUUUUUAGGAAAUAGACAAGGCAUCUCCUUUGCCCCUCCCUCUUUUAUCCCUUUCGUCUCUUCGCCGUCGACCCCGGCAUCGCUUCGUGAUCGCUUUAUCGCUGCCUCAAAUCUUCGCUCCCUUCGAUUUUCAAGCUGCACACUUUUCAUUAAUAUCUGGCCUCUGCAACUUCUAUCAGAAAUUCUGGGUAUACCUUGGAUGGAAAAUGAGCACGAUCCUGUUCAUGAUAAUCUUUGCAAAAGUAUCAACAUUGUUGAAGUGAAGAACAUGGUGAAUUUUAUGGAAGCUGCUGCAAACUGCUCUGGUAAACAAGUCGAGGAGAAUUCUGAAAAUGUGCAGACAAAGGCAAGUGAAGUGCCUCCAGACAAUAAUAGUGAUUGUUUUGUAUACAGACAGGAUGUUGUUUGCUGCAUCAAGUAUGAAGGUCUGCUUGGUGUUGUUAUGGAAGUGGCGGGGGAUGCCGAUUCAGAUGGGAGCCUUACGAGUGACAGUGAUAGUGAUAUUGAGGAUAAUGGAGAUAGGAAUAUUGAUGACCCUGGUGGUAAAAGUGGUGAAGGUGGUGAUAACAAUGACAUUGAUGCAGACGAUGAAGAUGAUUCGCUUCCAGAUGGUAAGGUCAGAGUAGUAUGGACUGAUGGUUCUGAGACGACAGACAAUAUUAGCGACAUCACUGUUGUAGAUAGAGGUUUCUUACAUGGGGAUAUUAUUUCUUCUGCUACCAAUCCAACAGGACAACUUGGUCUUGUUGUGGAUGUUAAUAUCACAGUUGACUUAUUAACUGCUCAAGGGGAGGUUAUAAAGCAGAUUACCUCCAAAGAUUUAAAACGUAUAAGAGAAUUUACUGUGGGUGAUUAUGUCGUUCGUGGGCCAUGGCUAGGGCGGGUGGAUGAUGUUCUAGAUAACGUGACGAUCCAAUUUGAUGAUGGAUCAAUUUGUAAAGUUGUCAAGGCUGAUCCAUUGAGACUCCAGCCGGUUUCUAAAUCUGUAAUUGACGAUGGAAAUUGUCCUUACUACCCUGGUCAACGGAUUAGGGCUGUUUCUUCUUCUGUUUUCAAAAGCUCAAAUUGGCUUUCUGGUUUAUGGAAAGCUAAUCGUCUAGAAGGUACUGUUAUUAAAGUUCAGACGGCAUCUGUUGUUGUAUACUGGAUAGCCUCUGCUUACCUUGGUGUUGGCACUAAUUCAUCUACUGUGCCCUCUGAAGAACAGAACCCAAAGGACUUGACAUUAUUGGAUUGUUUCUCAUAUGCAAAUUGGCAAUUGGGUGACUGGUGUCUCUUUUCAUCUACAUCUAAUCCUGAUGAUGUCUCUAACAACAGCAAACUUAAGGAGCCUAUACAGAGUUCUCAUGCUGGACAUGCUGAUGACCGUUCAAUCAGUGAAGAACUUACUGAUAUCAUUAUAAAUCCUUGUUUACGAAGUUCUGGACAGGAUUUGCAUGCUACUGAUAUAGUUAGCAAACACCACCAGUCAUUAGAGCCACAUAACAAUCUGACGGACAUUGUGGAAGAAACCGAGUGUGAUUCCCAGGGGAUGCAGUCACUUUCUGGAGCUAUUAGUACUGUUUAUGAUGAAAAUGCUUCAUCCAGAGAAUCUAAGUGUGAUAAUUUGAUGGAUUUGGAUAAAACAGUUAAACCGAGUGAAAACAAUGUGGCGGCGUCAAAUGGCAGCUUGCCAGUUGGUGGCAGUAGUAGAUCAUCAUCAGUUUCAAAGGAGGUGGGUCAUGAAAACUGGCCAUCCUACCGUAGAAAGCUUCGUAAAGUCUUGUUUAAAAGAGACAAGAAGGGUCGUAGAAGAGAUGAGACUUUUGAAAGAGCUCUGUUCGUUGUAAAGACAGUAACAAAGGUUGAUGUGGCGUGGCAAGAUGGAACAAAAGAAUAUGGAUUGGACUCAACAUGUUUGAUUCCCAUCCACACUCCAAAUGAUCAUGAGUUCUUCCCUGAACAGUAUGUUGUGGAGAAGGCAUCAGAUGAAGCCAGUGAUCUUUCCGAAACUAAGCGUGUUGGGAUUGUAAGAAGUUUAAAUGCAAAGGAAAAAACUGUUUGUGUGAGGUGGCUUAAGCCAGUUUCCAAGCCUGAAGACCCUAGGGAGUUUGACUGCGAGGAAGUUGUCAGUGCAUACGAACUAGAUGAACAUCCUGAUUAUGAUUAUUGCUAUGGGGAUGUAGUUGUUCGGCUGUCACCAAUAUCAACUUCUGCUACUACAAGCAAUUUUGGAGAAUCUGCGGUAGGGCACUACAAGCACCCUGACAUGAUGGAAUCAGGAGUCUCAAGCGAGGGGUCAAACUAUGAAAAUAGAGAGCAAUUACCAAAGAACAGUCCUGAUGAAGAUUUCACAUGUCUUACAUGGGUGGGAAAUAUCACUGGCCUCCAAGAUGGUGAUAUUGAAGUUACAUGGGCUGAUGGAAUGGUGUCGAAGGUUGGUCCUCAAGCAAUUUAUGUUGUUGAUCGAGAUGAUGAUGGAGACUCAUUUGGAGGUGGUAGUGAAGUUAGUGACGAUGGUGCUAGCUGGGAAACUGUUGAUGAAAAUGACAUGAAUACGCUUGUAGAUAGUGAAAAGGAAGCUGAUUUAAGCAAUAAUACAGACAAUGUUCCGGAUGUGGAAAAUAGCAAUCCAAGUCCCCAAGAAGACGGCAAUCUUGGUCGAAAUGGUGCACUUUCUGUGCCUCUUGCAGCCCUUGGCUUUGUUACUAGAUUUGCCACAGGGUUGUUUUCCCUUGGAAGAAAACAAUCAGAUUCAGAUCAUUUAGCUGUGAAUGGUACGGAGUCACAGGAGACUGGAGAAGUUUCAGAUAUGCAAAACUCAGGUGAAGAACUUGGGCAUGCAAUACUUGAUGCCUUGGGUUUUAAUCCUUCAGAAAAAGAAGUUGAAACCAGUGACGAACUUGGUCAUUUGACGGCGACAGAUGAUGCUGAAAUGACAUCCGGGAUUGAUAAUGAUGACUCAAUACCUGUUGAAAUGGAUGUUAACACUACAGGAGUUGAAAAUCAUUAUAGUUUUAAACACUUUGAUAUAGUGCAGAAUCCUUUUGACCAUUAUUACCUUGGUAGCAGUGCUCAGAGUACUGGUGGAAAGAAGUGGAUCAGAAAAAUUCAGCAAGAAUGGAGUAUCCUUGAGAAGAACUUGCCUGAUGCAAUUUUUGUCAGAGUUUUUGAGGAACGGAUGGAUCUUUUUAGGGCUGUCAUAAUUGGAGCAGCUGGAACUCCAUAUCAGGAUGGACUUUUCUUCUUUGACUUUCACCUACCACCCGAGUACCCUCAAGUUCCGCCGUCAGCAUACUAUCAUUCUGGUGGUUUGCGUGUAAAUCCCAAUCUAUAUGUGGAUGGGAAGGUUUGUCUAAGCCUCUUGAAUACGUGGACUGGUAAAGGAAAUGAAGUUUGGGACCCAUCUUCCUCUAGCAUCCUUCAGGUCCUGGUAUCACUCCAGGGUUUGGUUCUCAAUUCUAAGCCAUAUUUCAAUGAAGCUGGGUAUGAAAAACAGGUUGGGAGUAUUGAAGGAGAGAAGAACUCUUUACCUUACAAUGAGAACACAUACUUGCUAAAUUUGAAGUCAAUGAUGUAUCUUCUACGAAGGCCUCCUAUGCAUUUUGAAGGCUUUGUAAAGGAUCAUUUUCAACAGCGUGGCUAUUACAUUCUAAAAGCAUGUGAGGCUUAUAUGGGUGAUUGUAUGAUUGGUUCACUCACAAGGGAUGCCUGCAUGACAGAAAAGAGCAAGGAGCAUCAAUGCUCUGUUGGUUUCAAGCUGAUGCUAGCGAAAAUCUUACCCAGAUUGAUCUCAGCAUUCAAAGAAGUAGGAGUUGACUGCCAACAGUUUGAACAUUUACAGAAAUCAGAGAAACUUGCCUAAGGUUUGACUGCUGCAAAUUUCUGCCUGUUUCUGUGAUGAUGGAAAUUACUAUGGUUAAGCAAUUGUUUCAAGUGCACAGUCACCGACUUGGAUUUCCUCAAGGUAAUUAAGCUUUUCGGAACUGAUUGAUUAAUGGUGUAUCUUUUGCUCUCCACAACGUGCAAGUUAUAGAAUGAUGGACUGUUUCAGUGUUAGAUUCAAUUGAAUGCAAGGGGUCUCCUUUAUUUGAGGUGGAAGACCACCUGAUUUCAAGCUGUCAAAUUAUAUACGUUGGUCAAAGACCAAAAAUUAUCGGGCUUGCAGGCCAAAAGAAAACUGUGUUUGUGUCUCGUUGAUGGAAGUAUCGAUUGAGUGAAAUUGGACCAGAAAAAAGGAGGGAAAAAUAAUCUGCCUUUUAUUCAUAUUUUUGUUUAGAUUAGAUCAUGUAAAUUUAGGAAACUUUAGCUGCGUCGUGGUUCAUGAGAGCAUGUCCAAUGUGGGGUGGGGUGGCGUUGGGGAUGACAUUCCUGAAGUUGAAGUUUUGUUUCUCUUCCGUAGUGAUAUAUACAGCAGCCAAGGGCUGAUGCUUCUUAUA